CAUGGCGGGCGGCCGCUGAGCGGUGUGCGGCUCCCGCUCGCCGGCAGCGGGGCUGGGGACGGUGCCGGCGGCCCGGGAAGGGGCAGCGGUGAGGGGUCGAGCCCUGGUCCCGGGCAUGGCAGAGACCCUGAGCCCCUGCUCCCCACGGGGCCAGUGCCAGCCCAGCAUGGGCGCCAACACCUCGUCCGCCAACAUGGACACCAACGCCUCCUCCUCCUUGGCGGGUGGCAGCGCGUGGAGGAGCCGGGAGCCCUUCUCCGUCUUCACCGUCCUCAUCCUCACCCUGCUGGUGCUCCUGACCGUGGCCACCUUCCUCUGGAACCUGCUGGUGCUGGCCACCAUCCUGCGAGUGAAGGCCUUCCACCGGGUGCCGCACAACCUGGUGGCCUCCACGGCGGUGUCGGACGUGCUGGUGGCGGCCCUGGUGAUGCCGCUGAGCCUGGUGAAGGAGCUGUCGGCCGGGCGGCGCUGGCGGCUGGGCCGGGAGCUGUGCCUCGUGUGGGUGUGCUUCGACGUGCUGUGCUGCACGGCCAGCAUCUGGAACGUGACUGCCAUCGCCCUGGACCGCUACUGGUCCGUCACCCGGCAGCUGCAGUACACGCUGCUGGCCCGCCGCCGCAUCUCCAAUGUCAUGAUCGCUCUCACCUGGCUGCUCUCCGCCGCCAUCUCCCUGGCCCCGCUGCUGGGCUGGGGCGAGACCUACAGCCCCGAGCAGGAGCGCUGCCAGCUCAGCCAGGACCCGUCCUACACCAUCGUGUCCACGGGCGGGGCGUUCUACCUGCCCCUCUGCGUGGUGCUCUUCGUCUACUGGAAGAUCUACAAGGCGUCCAAGUUCCACAUGGGGGGCCGCAGGAGGAACGCCGUGGUGCCCCUGCCCGAGGCUGCCCAGGUGAAGGAAGCUUCGCAGGAACCACAGAUGGUGUUUACAGCUCGUCGUGCAGCUAUCACUUUCCAGACAGAUGGAGAAACAUGGAGAGAACAGAAAGAGAAAAAGGCAGCUCUGAUGGUUGGCAUCUUAAUUGGAGUUUUUGUACUGUGCUGGAUCCCUUUCUUCAUCACAGAAUUAAUAAGUCCCCUCUGUUCCUGCAACAUCCCGCCCGUCUGGAAAAGCAUCUUUCUUUGGCUUGGCUACUCAAAUUCUUUCUUUAAUCCUCUCAUUUAUACAGCAUUUAACAAAAAUUACAACAAUGCCUUCAAGAACCUUUUUGUAAAGCAAAGAUAAAAGGGGACACAGAGGAGAAAAUUAUUAUUUCAUAAUAGAGAGUUGUCUUGAGGGAAACGUGCCUGUGAGAUGUACAGUUUUCACGCAGAAGAGCUACUUAAGGGGAUUUAGGAGCAGUGAAAAAGAAGAUGGAAGAUGUCUGGAUAUAAACCUGCUGAGAGUUUACAGUUCCCCCUUAGAAACACAUGUGCUACUCCAGGAUUUGGCAAAGAAGGUGGAAGCAGGGAAUGCCUCCCGUCUGCUCUUCAGAUCCCAGGCUGGGAGCUGUGUGUGUGUCACACCCAGCGGGCUGAGCCAGCCCCGGGCCCUGCUGCAGCUCUCCUCAGCAAAGGCACGGUGGGAGCUGCGAACUGAGCAAUGCUGACACGUUUGUGACACGGGCAGGAUGCUGCUGAAGGGCUUUGAGAUUGAUCUGGAAGGGAAUAAACAUGCUGCAGUCCAUCAGUCCUUGAGGAGAUGUGAAAUUCAAGUGGAUGACCAAGCAGCUCAGAAAUAGACCUUGCCAGGAUUGAGGGGUUGUGUGCUCUGCAAGCAGCAGGGCUUGGUGGGCAGGCUUGGCCAAACAGGGAUCAGCUGUGUCCCUGGGAUGAAGUGAAGCUUAAGAGGCAAGUACAAAUUUAUUCAGAGCCCCUGAGAACGUGUUCUCACUGCUUCCACAGGAGGGUCUAGUGAGGAUUUUUCACCUGUGUUGUCCUCUCUCACUCUGCCAGGCUCAGGCUCUCCCUGUUUCCUGAAACCCAGGUGAGCUCAAGAUAGACACCAACACCUCCACGUGAAUGGUUAUUUCAUGCUACCAUAAAACUGAGCAGGCAUCUGUGUUACAAACACCAGACAGGAUGUUCAGUCACACCAGGUGUGCUGGCUGCAACAUGUGGCUGCUUGGCACUGGUAGGUGAGUGCCUGCACCGUGUCUGGGUGAAGUCCACAAUUUGUCAGCUGUAACAAAGGUAUUGAUGCCAUCAACAGGUCUAAAUGACUCCCCAAAACCAAAAGGGAUUCAAACCCAAGCCUUAAAGUGUUUUCUCAAGAUCUGACAAACACUCCUAACCUGAAAAUAUAUAUAUUUUUAUAAUAUAUACAUAAACAAUCUAUUUCCUUGGGUACUGCCAAGUCCAAUUUGCUCCAUAUUUGUUUCUCUGGUGGGUUUCACUUCCUCCCCUGCUGAGUGGGAGAGCUGACAGCAUCUCUGAGUAUUUCUAGCAUUUUUGCAGCUUUUUACUGGCACAGAGUCCCAGGAGGCUUAAGGGAGCUUGGCUGCCUCUCAGGAGCACAGUGUAUGGUGAGCUCAGGCAGUGCUGUUCCUCACACCUGCAGUGCUGUGACACUCCAGUGUGACCUGCUGUGCCUGCAGCCACCUGUGAGCCUUGCAUUCCUGCAGAGGAUGCUUCUCUCAAUUUCAGUGGCAAUUCAGAAGUUUUAAUAACCUAGAAUUGUAAAGAGUUGUUAGAUUGUGACUCAGACUUAAAUGCCAAUUUAAAUAACUUUCCCUUGUGACUCUCGACUUGCCUGCAUAUGGAAUAGCUACCAUUCAAACCAGUGUUUGGAGGCUUGAUCAAACCAGAAGGAAGGCACAUAUUAAGAGACUGAAUGUUACUAAAACCUGCAGCCUCAUUCAGAACCACUGACAAAUUUUUCAAGUCAAUUGAAUUUUUUCAUGUAUGAGUGUCACCAAAUCCCAAUAGACGACAUGGAAGGAGGAAAUGCAGAGGUCAUCUUGAGCUGGUGUUGAAAAGCAUAUAAAUCUUCUGCAUGUGGCACUCGUGACAUUUCUGAUAAUCACGUUUUGGACAAAUGUAGUGCCUGCACUCGCUCAGCCUGGUAAGCCAAGUGAUUGCUAUCACACAAAUCCAGUGCCAGCCCUGGUGCCUCAGCCCAUCCCAGCCUGGCUGCAGGAGCUGCAGUGAUUCCAGCUGCACAUUCCAACUGACUGGAGCAGCAACCCAGCUCCAGUUCCAGUUCCAGAACCCUUCCCUGAGGCAGCACAGGCUGUGAAGGCACCUUCUGCCAUGGCUUGGCCUCUGGAACUUGUGAGAACACCACAGAGCUGCCAGGCCCCUGUGCAGUUCCUGCACUCGUGCAGGGCAUGGCUGCAGACACUGACCUGCAGGGAGUGCCUUCAGCAAGCGGGAGAGCUGCAGCAGGGCACUGACACAGCCCUCCUCCUCCUCAAGGAUGAAUUUAGCUCCCUUAGGAGGCAAGGCUGGGCCUCUGGAAUUCUGCAGUGAGAAGUUCUGAAGAUGAGCAGCCAGUGCUCUGCCCACCCAAGCGUCUGUGCCAGCAGCAGUGACACACACAGCCAGCACAGCCGGCCUCCCUCCGCACCCAGAGGCAAGCAGAGCUUUCAUUUCAUUACCAUGGCUUUAGAAAGCUCUUAACUAAAUCGACUUCCCACACUGCCUCUAAAUGCAGACUGCAUUUAGAAGAGCAGCAGCACAUAUUUGGGAUUUAAAAUUCUGAGUUUUAAUCACAGCUUACUGGGGAGCAAACAAAAUAUGUUAUCGGUGGUUGUUGCCUAAUGUGCUGGAUGCUCCCAUAUGAACUGAGAUAAAUGACACAGGAUCCUGACUAUCCAAAAAGAAAAAAAAUAAAAAUCAGGUAUUCUAAAGGGACAUCAUCUGGCACAGCGUAGAUGUUAUGGUCAUUUAUUUCCCCAAUAGAAGCUGCCAAUUUGGAGUACACCAAUCAUCUCUGCUUGUACGCAGUGGACUGCUAGUUUUAAACUUUAUUUCCUGAUACUGAAUUUGCUCCUAGAAAAACUUAGUGGAGCCUAUUGCUCACCAGAAGGGAAUUGUUGCAUCCUGCAGCAAGGCUCUGAGAAUCCUGCAGCAGCUCUGCUGUGGGAGCCCAGAAUGGGCAGAAAUGGAAGGGCUUUGGAAGAUGACUGUGAGCAGAGAAUGCUAAUAACCCUAAUAAGGAAAUUAAGUUUUGCUGCAAGUCCUGUAAAUGUUACUUUACAAGCCUGGUAACACCAAAUGAAUUCAGGGCAAGACUCUUUCAACAAGAAAACCCAGCAAUAUUGAAGAAAAAUUCUGAGAAAGUCUCAAUUCCUACACCCAACUGAGAUGGAGAAUUAAGGCAGAUUCUCCUUGCUGUUGGUUCCUCCCUAGGUAUGAGGAGAAAUGGCACCCAACACACAAAGCCUGUGGCAGAAACAAGGAACAGCUGAUGGAACUGCUCUGACACCCCUCAGCAGCCUCCCUCCUUCUCCUUUUCACACAGGCCUCACAGCAGAGGCAGCAGCCAUCUGCCCUGGGCUCCAUCUACAGCAGACAGUCAGUUAUGAUCUGGACUCUGAUUUAUCCUUCCUGAGCAACAACUGCAUCUUCACAAGCCUCAGGUUUUUAUCCUAGUCAAAAUCACAAGCUCCUAGAAGAGCAAAGAUCUCACAAUUUCAUAUUCCUUGUGGAAGUUUCCAGGUUACUGUGUUUGUAGCAGGUAACCAUAAAUUUUAACAUUAACACUGAACAAAUAAUCACAUCAUUUAUUCUACAUGCAAGUUCAGUAUUUACCUUACCUAGGAACUUUUGCUUGAUGCUAAACAGCAAUUGUGAUUAAAAUGAUAAAUCCCAAAUUGAAAUGCCCAUUCAAGUUAUUUUUUUAGAGUUGCAUGGUACACAAACAGCACAAUCUGAAUUCUCCUUGGUGCCAAAGUUGAGUUACCCAAUUUACACACUAGGAAGAGCCUUACAGUUUCUACAGAGGGCAAAGUUUGUAGACAAAUAAUGCCUCCUCAUAUCAAAGCUGACUACAGAAGGUCUGCAAGUGGCACUCGAUGCAGGUUUCCUUCUUGAAAGGAAUGCUGAAUUUAAAUUUUUCCUUCUUCGAAGGGACUUGGAAUCUGAUUGUGCCUUUGUUAUUUUGCUAGUCCUGGGCAGACUGACUUUUUGAACAGAUGCAAGAGGAGCAGCCCAGAUCUAUUCCCUCACUAGCCAGUGUGGGGGAGCAAGGUUCCAGCGGGCUCAGUGGGAAGGUUUUCUUUCUGUUUAUGCUAAAGGAACAGGUUAUCACAAAAACAAGAAAUAGUGACCCAUUUGACUAUGGACACCACUCACCUUUUAAUGCAUUUGUAAUUCAAGAGCCUGGGAGAGCUUCUAAGACAAGCUGCACCUCAAAAACACGAUAGCAGAAUGUCACUGGUUCCAAACAUUCUUUAUUUUAUAUUGGCUGCCAUAGAAAGUAAUUGAACAGCACUGUCAUCAGUGUCAGUGGGAAAAAGGAACAUGGGUUUUCUUCUCCUGAAGAUGUCAUGUACAUUAAGAAGUCAGUCCAAAAUCCUGGUUUUAAGUACAAAAAGCAACUGUUUGAAUUAUAAAAUACUGUAUAUACAGAUACAAAAAUGUCUCAGAAAGUGUCCCACAAAGCUUCUGAACUUUCAAGAGCAAAUCUUCAGCAGGGUAAGUAGGUUGUUGUCUUCAAAGGUGAGCAUCAGUUCAUUAGAGCAGAAUGUUUCAAUCUUUAUCUUCCUAUAUUACAGGUGACAGACUCUGAUUUUCAUCCCAGGCAGGGAUAAUGUGGUGAUCCUAGUAUUAAGGUGUUUUUUCCUGGAGCUAUUAAUUUAACAAGCACACUCUCUCUAUAUAAAAAUGAAAUUUCAAAGAAAUUUAUACAACAGCUAGACUUUAUAAAAAUAUAGAUCUAUAAUUUUACAUCAGGAAUUAUCCAAGGUAAGUUUUCAUUUCUUUAGCCAUUAGAAAUUAAUUGUUAUCCUUUGGAAUCCUAUCUAUGGCUAGUGUGUAAACUAAAAUAAUGUAAAGUUACUAGCUGGUAAAGCGAGUUUGAAGAAUCUUAUUUUGUGGGGUUUUUUUGGGCCAAAAUUAACAAACUACUGCAUUCUGCAGUGCUCAUCCUCUGUGGUGGUGGACAUACUACACAGUACAUGUAAGCUUAUUCCAGAAUUUUCACCUAAUUCAGUGUAAAAACCAAAUGAAAA